UCUCUCGCUCGCUCGGCACCGUUCGAUUUCUCACGCGACUUCCUUCCCUUUCUCUUCCUCAACUUCGCCAAUUUCCCAGUCUUCGGUUAGCCUCCAGUCGCAUCGAUCACUCUCUCGCUCGUCACGUCAUACUUUUUUUUACGUUUUGUUUUUUUAUUCGUAAACGAGCAACAGGCGAAUUCGCGGAAUCUCACGGCGCUCCUUUCAUUUUACACGCGCGACAGUCGCGAGGUGCGAGGAUCACACUGCGAUCAGCUCGAGGCGCCGUCUUACUGUUUACAGUUUACAUCGCCGCCAAGGACCGCGAUUCGCCGCGUAGAUGCGCUCGCUCGCUCGCGGCGAGAUGUGUGCUAAAGUUAAAGUGUAUUUGCGAACGGAGCGCAAAUUCCAUCGGCGAUCUUAUCUUGUGGAUCUCUUCUCCUUCCUCCCCUCUGUGCGUGUUAUUUAAUAGCACCCGAGUCCCAAAUAAAGGGGUUCGACACGGAUGUAGAAUCGAUUUUCGCGGACGAACGAUUUGCCUGUGUAACGGAAGUGAAAUGAAAAUCGAAGCGAACGAUAGAGAUGCGAGCGCGUAAAAACUUUUCAUAUAGAUACGAGGACUGGAAACCUGCAGAAAGUCCUCGGGACUCGCUCUCGCGGCGAGAAGAAACUCCCGCGUGAGAGAGAACCCACGACGUUCACCGCGACGUUUCGUCAACGGGUUUAUACAACGCGGUCAGUUUUGCCAUUCGACUGGUACACUCGUGGCUAAAGUUGCAUCACGGGGGAGACCCGGAUUGAAGCAACCUCGGACGAUCGUUUUGACGGAACACACGAUAAGCAAAUAUGAGUCAACAAAUCGUGAGGGACAAUGAAACCGACCAAAACUCGAGGUCCUGUCGCGUGCUGAGCGACGCGCUGAGCGAUAUCAUUCGGCACAGCAUAAACGCCGAUUUUCGUGACCGUUGCUUCGAGGUGUUGCGGACGAACAGCGCGUUUGGCGCGCGUACCACCCUCGCGGCCAAUUUAUCGUCGAUCGUGUCGCGCGACCAUCGCGCUCGGGAGAGCCAGGAGGAAGAGACGAAAACCGAAUCUAUGAGCUACGAGUCUGUAAGAUAUGACUACGAGGAAUACGGGGAAUACGAUAAGGAUAAAUGAGACAAUUGGGAUGAUUUCAACCAAAAUCCGAAUUAACUUGAUCAGUAUAAAUUAAUUUGUCAGGCAACAAUUUUUUGUCGGAUAUAUUUCAAUAUAUCCAUAUAUCGCUCGUUUGCCACAACGAUGCAACUAAAAAAUUGUCAUUUUUUUUUUUAAUUGCUUAUACAAAGAAAGAACGGAGAUAUAAAGAAAAAGAGGGAAAAACAAAUUUUUGUUUCUCUGUAUUAUUUAGUUAUUACGUCAAAAUUGCAUUUCAAAAUUUUAGCGAUUCAAAACAUUCGUUUUCUGGAGAACUUUGUUUUUGAAGUUACGUCA